AUGAAGUAUCAGACUGAAUACCAAAGAAACUAUCAGAAACGAACACCAAGAGCGUUUCAUGAGCUUCCAGUGGAAGAAAGAAAACUAAGCGAAGCACCUAUUCGACGUUCGGCAUCUUCACCAUCACGUCGUCGUGGUCGAUCAGUGCCAGCAUCACCUGAUCGAAACAAUGGCGAUUUCGCUCUCAUCGGUCCGAAUGAAAAGUUUUCUCAAUCCCAACUCUAUCGUAUGAAGGAGCCAGUUAAAGACCAUCCACGCGUGGCCAAAUCGCAAGAAUUUGCAUUACUGGGAAAAAAUUCAAAAUUUGAAAAUAAUGUUGUAUAUCCAUUACGAAAGCCUGUUCAAAGUGAUUCACCUCGAGUGGUCGUACGGCGACGAAACAGUAAAAAUCAUUCGUGCGGCAUCCAAACUAAUUUGAAAAGAACAAAAGGCGCUUCGUUUGAUUCUCGACAUAAAGGCGAUGAGGCUUCUCAACGAAAACGAAAUACGCCCUUAAGUGAAUAUAAACAACAGUACGAUUGGAAAAGACCAGCAACCAGUGAAGGUGCUAAACGAGAACAACAACCAAAUUCAAGAGUAGCUGCAUCGGCUAUUGAACGACCUGAGAAAACGUCUGUAGGGGUCAACACUCCAGCGCGGGUGAAAAUCGAUGUGAACAAAGUUUCCAAACCAACACGUCGGACCGUAACUCAUUCAACUAAACCAUUUCGCCCUAAACGAGAUGAUACAACCGAGUAUCGAACGCGUUAUAAACCACUGGUCGUCGAACCAAAACAACCUCGGCCGCAAAAGGCACUCGAAGCCGAACAAAUAGAUGAACGAAGACGAGAACAACAGGUCCCAAAAGCAGAGCAUUCACGUUCCGACGACGAAGUUGCCGGUGGAACUGUCGACUUAGGUCAGGAGUUUCGAGAAAAAUAUCCUCAUGGAAAACUAAGACGUUGGAAGUCAGAAUAUCAAUCCACGUAUAAGCCGUUCUGGCGUUUUGAUUACAAAGAUGGUAAAUGGUACAAAGAUUCAUCUGUAGAUGAAAAAGGCUUUAAUCCGAAUCUAUUUUGGUACCAAGAAUUGAUGUCAACACGAAAACGUGCCGAUGAAUUUCGCUCCAAAGCAGAAACCGAUCACUUUAAUCCUGAUCAUACUCUUCAACUAAAAGCAGGUUAUGGUGCAAGUAAUUAUCAAGCAUGGGAUGUGCACGAUGACGAAGAUGAAGAUAGUGACAGUGUUAUCUCAAUCGAUCGAGAUCUUGAACGAGAACGUAUUGAAGGUCAACGACGUCGUGAAAAAGACGCUCAACGAAAGGAAGAUGAGCGAAUUCGUUACGAAAAACCAAAACAACACCAUGAGAAGUCAACUAAACAUCAAACUGAUCAGGUCGUGCAAACCGAUCAUCAAGUCGAUCGCGUUGUCUAUAUCGAUGAACCCUUACCAAAGCAACCAAGUAUUGCUACUAGAGCCUUUGUUCGUAAUCUCGGCUCUUCAUCCGUUCAACAACACAUGUCAUGGGAUUCGGAAAGCCUUUAUAGCCAACGAUCCAAUUCAGAUAUAGAUUAUGAUCGUCAUCAUAAUAGAACUGAUAAUUCCAAACAUCAAACGAAUAUUAUUCGUCGUACGUCACCAAAAAAACAUAAAUCUCGAGGAACAGGAACUCAUUCACCUCUACCAAAUGAUCGACCACAAAGAACAAUCGUUUCACCACAUGUGCAUGAUCGUGCAACUCACCAAAAUGGGAGCAACACAAACGGUUACCGUCCAGCAACAAGCUCUCACGAUACUUGUAAUGCAACAGGUGGAUCUAGUUACGAUUCUCAUUUGUACGAUAGACGACCUUACACAAGCGCCAAUGAAUAUUGCUCAUAUCCAGGCAGUCGAUUCAAAGAUGAAGUAACUGAUUAUUAUUAUGGUGGACUUGAUGAUAAGCAACAACAGCAUCAUCCAUAUGCACCAACACCGAAACCUUCCUAUCAAAAUUAUGCUCAAUUACCUGAUGAACGUUACGAUCGCACAUACAACCCUCAAAAUAAAGAAGAUGAUGGUCUUUCCGUCCAAUCAGUUCGCUCAUUAUCGUCAAGUUGUAGUUUGGCAUCACAAACUCUUGAACGUGCUAAUAAAAAUCUGAAUAAGUAUUGGAAUGACAGAUCUCCGGCGUCACCCUCUUCACCAAAGAAAUCAUUCAAUGCUAAGCGUUAA